CCCCUAAUGACCCUUGUACGCAACGCAACGAGUCGACCGAGCAGUCGUCCUUGUCUUCCCCACUUCGAAGCAAAUUCGAACGAUUGGCAUUUUCGUAUCGUCGAGCGGACUCGAUUCUCCCGUGUGUCAGUUAGCGUAGAGCUAAGAGGGUCGAGUCUUCUCGCUAUUCCAGACUCUCUGCUCUCGUCGUCGGUUAUUUUCCAGUUCCGUCUUUCUCGCUCGCCGGCAGUUCCAAUUCCGCCUUGGCGUAAUAAUUGGGACUGGUAGUCGCGAUCCUGCGCACAAAAGGGAAUUGCGUUUCUCGGGCGAAUAAGAUUCGUCAAAUCAAGUCUCGACGGCUGAGGAAGAGGAAGGAGUGAGUUGGUCGAGCUGUCGGUCAGUCGUCGUUAGCACGAGGUUCUUUCCUUGCUGUCGUUCGUUUUCGUGGGAAGACCGAACAGCGUAGAAAUUAGUCACAAUGAAUAAUCCUAUAUCCAAAAAAAGUAAAGAAGAUGCUAAUAGAGAAGCGUCAGAUGUUACCAAAGAUGCCAAAGGAAUCAUAGACAAAAUACUUGGUGAUAUGAGUAAAACAUCUGCGACCAAACAAAUAGCAAUUGGAACUGUAUCAGGAUGGACCACUGGCUUUGUAACAAUGAAAGUAGGAAAAAUUGCAGCUUUUGCAAUUGGCGGUGGUAUCAUAAUGCUUCAGAUAGCAGCGACUCAAGGCUAUAUCAACAUUAACUGGGAUAAGAUACAGAAGAAAGCUGAUAAAAUUUCUGAUAAAGUAGAAGAAAAAUUAACUGGCGAGGGUCCAAAAUUAAUGGACAAGGUGGAGAGGUACGUCGACAGGAAGCUGGAUAAGGCCGAGCAGGCGCUGAAGAAGGGCGAGAACCGCACCCGUCGUUGGUACGAAAGAUUCUGCGGGAGCGGCGAGUGCAAGGGUCUCUGCGCCCGGGAGACGCCCCUCUUCCUCAUCUCUUUCGCUGCGGGGGUUGCCAUAGGCCUCGCCUCGGCCGACUAGGUAAGCGAGUGCUGCGCUUUGAUCAUGAGCGCGCGCAAGGGGCUGGCGCCCUCCUCCGUCGAUGUCGCCACCCCCGCCCUCGCCCCCGCCACCGAGUCCCCAGAGGCGGCCAAAAGCCUCACAGGACUCGUCGACGAGGCCAUCAGGAGGUUCUACGAGUUCAGAUCCUGGUGCCGGGCGCAGGUGCGCGAUUAUCUGUAAGCCG